GAAACCGUGACCGUUGUUAUUAUGACAACGACAGCAAGCGAAAGUAUCUGUGCAUGUCUGUCGUUACCGUUCACUGUAGCUGAAGUUGAUUUAAUUCAUGGCGCGCUCGGAGGCUGCAGCAAACACGUAUCUCAUUAGACCAAAUUACAAACACAAGUUCAAGGCAGGAGUGGCAAAAGAGUGUAUUAGAGAAAUCCUGAGAGAUCAGCUGUCUGGAGUGCAGUAUAAUCCAGAGGAGGUUCCCACACUAUCAAGAUCUUUAGCAGACUCCAUUAAAAACAAACUGAAAGAUGUGGGCUUUGACAGAUACAAGCUCAUUGUGCAGGUGGUAAUUGGAGAGCAGCGAGGAGAGGGAGUUAAGAUGGCUGCACGCUGUUUCUGGGAUGCAGAUACAGACAGCUAUGCUCAAGAUAUUUAUAUGAAUGACAGUUUGUUCUGUGUGGCAGCUGCCUUUGGUGUUUAUUACUACUGAAGGCACAGAGGAUAUAAGGACCAAAUACAUGUAGUUUAUGUAUUUUCCUGGAGAUUAUUUUAAUGAUAUUUAUACACACAAACACAUCCACCCAGGGCAGGAAGCCAUAUUUUUCUUUCAUAGUUUCUUAUCUCAAAAGCCUUUACUAUAACACUUAAUAUAGUAGGAAGAAAUAUGACACUUUAAGUAGCUUUAAAAGAUAUCAGAAAUGGUCAAAACAUAUUAUUCUGGAUCUUAAUACAGAAUAAAGACAAAACAUGAAAUUCCUGAAUGGUGAGAAUAUCUACAUCACAUUGGUUAACCCUUCUAUGGUACUGUAUUCAGUCAUUUUUGGUCAUUUAAUAAAAAUGGUUUCCUCCA